AUGUUCCAAUUUUCGUCUUUGGUCCAAAAGGCCCAAUCAUUCAUUGAUCCCGCCAACUUCAACUUACCGACCAUCUCCUCCAACGAUCGCAACCCCUCCAAAGCCUCUCUCUUCCGCCAACAAUUCCGCCUGCCGGACUCUCAGAACCCGCUACAGGAAAUAACAGCUGAACUAAUUCUUGCGAUUAACCGCGGACCCGCAUCGAAUUCGCAGGGAGACCGCUCCGAUCAACCCGGCAACCGGUAUACGGGCCGUCUACACCUCAGCGAGCGUUUCAUAUGUUUCUCUACUCAGCCAACGAGCUUUGUACCAUCAGCCAGCAAUAAUGCAUCGACAGUAUUCACAGGCCAGACUCAUGGCACCGGUCCAUCGGGCAACGGCUUCACGUUACCCCUGUGCUCAAUCCGUCGCGUCGAACGACUCAACAGCCUCAACCACGUAUUCUCACUCGCAUUAACAACCUGGAACGGAGCUCUGAGUCCCAACGCGGCCAAAAGCUCGAAUUUUGUUCCUCAGAAAUUCACUAUUCAGCUAGUCGGAAGCAGGCAGGCCUGCGAACGGUUCUGUGAUGGGUUGAGAAAGGGAUUGAGGGAGAGUAUCAAGGAGAUUGAUAGCUUGCGUUCGGUGGUACUGGAUCAUUAUUCGGAAUAUCUUUUGACGUUGCCUCCUAAGGGUAAGGAGGAUCCUGAUACGCCUGCGAGACAGCCGCCUGAUGCUGGAUUGGGGAUGGUCUUUCGAUAUCCGGGAGAUGCUCGCAAGCUUCGUGAUCGAAGUAAAAUGAGGUUGUGGGCUGAGUAUUUUAGAGAAAACGGACGAAAUGCCACACUGAUUCGGCAGCCGACAUUUCACAAACUCAUUCGUGUGGGAUUACCCAAUCGUUUGAGAGGAGAGAUCUGGGAACUGACGUCUGGCUCUCUUUAUCUACGACUGAGAUCGCCCAAGCACUAUGAAGAGACACUUGCCAAAUUCUCCGGUCGAGAGUCGUUGGCUAUUGACGAGAUUGAGAAAGAUUUAAAUCGAAGUCUACCGGAAUACCCGGGUUUCCAGAGCGAAGAAGUCGGUUACUGUCAGGCCAUGAAUAUAGUCGUCGCGGCUCUUUUAAUAUACAUGUCAGAAGCACAAGCAUUCUUCCUUCUAUCGGUGCUCUGUGACCGGCUCCUUCCCGGGUACUAUUCCACAACGAUGUAUGGCACAUUACUGGAUCAAAAGGUCUUUGAGUCGCUCGUCGAAAAGACAAUGCCGAUUCUAUGGGACCAUCUCGUAAAGUCCGACGUGCAAUUGUCCGUCGUGUCUUUGCCAUGGUUUCUCUCUCUCUAUAUCAACUCCAUGCCUUUGGUGUUCGCCUUUCGGGUAUUGGACGUCUUCUUCCUCGAAGGACCAAAGGUGCUGUUUCAAGUCGGACUGGCUAUCUUACGUAUUAAUGGAGAAGAGCUUCUGGAUGUCCAGGAUGACGGCUCUUUUAUUUCGAUUUUGAAAUCAUACUUUUCCACGUUAGAUGAAUCGGCACACCCGCGAUCUGAGAACCCCAAACUCAGAGCCAUUACCAGAUUCCAGGAGUUGAUGGUGGUGGCCUUCAAGGAGUUUUCGGGCAUCACUCAUAGUUCCAUCACUGAACAGCGAGAGAAACACAAGGAUGCUGUUUUAGAGAAUAUCGAAAACUUUGCGAAGCGCACGUCAAUCAGAAAUCUGGGGCCUGAAAGUAAGAAGCUCAGCAUGGACGAUCUUGGCACAAUCUACGACCGUUUCUACGAGGUACUUUAUGAUUACGAAGGCAAACAACGACUUUUGGAACAAGAAAAGAAAAAGUUGGAGAAGAAAAAGGUGGAACGCUACUCGGUUCUCGGUCCUCCCGUUGAUGCUGAGGUCGGACGUGUUGGUCUCGGACCGAGUUCGACUCAUAUGGACUACGAUGCUUUUAGACAAUUUUUGGCGAACACCGCCAGAUGGGCUAUUGCAGACUCACCCAGCUCAGGCCGAUAUCAAUCGAUUUCUGAGAAAGACCGCAAUAACGGCAAUGGUAGCAUUCGCAGCCGAAGCGCAUCGCAUUCAAAAUGGGCCGAUAAUGUAGAACCCGCUGAUCACGAGUUUAUGCAACGUCUAUAUCGCAAAUGGAAUACUGAUGACGACGACGGUUUGAGCCUACAGAACGUCGUUGUAGGGUUAGCCAAGCUGAAAGGCACACGUGACAUAAUGAAUUCGAUAAACUAUUUCUUUGAUCUUUACGACGACAAUGGUGAUGGUCAAGUUGACCGUGAAGGAAUAUUACGAAUUUCGGAAGCACUCCUCUUCCUCUCACGCAGAGGCUUCGACGGAGCGCUUACUCCUAGUGAGACGAUGGAAGACCUUGCUGAUACAGGCCUGGCAGCUGAGCAGCGUGACAAGGUCAAGAUGAGCGUUGACGAGCGAUUCCUUGGUAGUGUCAGUUCUUUCAUUCGGCGAUGCUUUGAAUAUGCGGAUCCAAGCCACCCCCAAAACCAGAAGCGAAACGACCAACCUACAGAAGUCGACAGUGCUGCCAGCAAGUUGGACGCAUUCUCUAUUGGCGACGAUGAUGAGGAGGAAGAAGAUUUGAUUGAGGUAGAGGAAAAGAAAUCACUAGAGAAACUUUCACCGCCCCAGACACCCAUCACAACGGGAGAUUCGUCUUUGCCGGUAAACUCGCCAUCUGGUCGGUCAGAAGCGGCUAAUGCAGCCCUCGAUCCCAACAACCCAUUACAUAUCACUCUACCUACGUUUAGGAUGGUUGUUUUAGCAGAUGAGCUCUUGGAACAAUUUUUUGAGACGUUCUUCCCUCAAUCGUUCCAUCUAUCAGAUCGCCCCAAUCCAGCUUCGUUGACAGCAUCGACGUCCCUCUCAUCCAACCUCACCACCUUCUCCAAUAUCGGUGCCGCCGGUCGAUCUACCCUCGGCGCCAUAUCAGGGGCAACAGUGGCCGGAGCUUCAGGCGGAAUUGUUCCCCCUACCAAAGGUCUCCGCGGUGUUUUGGACAACAUCGUGUCCGACGGUAUGCGCAUGGCCGCAGAAGUGCGCAAAAAGAUGGAAGAAGCGCAACGCGAAAUGGAGCGCAACGCACUGGGCCGCGGCGAGGAAGAGGACGAGGAAGAAGACGAAGACGGCCGAAGUCUUACCUCCUCCACUGCAAUGGUUGGAGGAAUCUCCAGCUGGGGCGCUGGUGCAUAUGGCAUUGACCCUGAGCGCCGCAGUGUUCGCGAUCGAGAUCGGGAUCUACUCGAAGGCGCGGAAGCGACAUCUGUACUCGACGGGAGAGAGACCCAUCAGCCGUCACCAGACGCUCGACAACAUACCCCAUCACCCGCUCCUCCUACUAAAUUACCGGAUGAGGGCGUGAGCAGAGUCGAAUUCAACGCCUAG